GUUUUCGGAUUCUCAAAGAAGUGAAUCGGAAAUAAAGUGCGAUAAAUGCAAACAAGUGCUAAGAAGCAAGUGUACACGUUGUGUAGUUUGUGGGCUAACUUAUCACCCUAGUUGUGCUCGUGAAAAAAAUAAAAAAAAGGAAGUGUUUAGUUUCUUUACCGAAACAGAAAUGGAAUGUCUUCAUCACAAUAAAACAGCGACUUCAGAGAGUACAUCUGUCAAGAUAGGAGAUGAAGAAACUUCGAUAACGGAAACAGUAAUUAGUUUCCUAAAAAGCAACACCUUUUCUAGCAUCUUACGCAAGGCAAUAGAAGCAGCCACCGUCUCCCUGCGUGACGAAAUUCGAAGUCUUAAACAAGAGCUUAACAAUGUGAAGAGUUCCAAUGUUGAUAUGAUAAAAAUGUUGACAGAUUAUCCCAAAAAUAAUUUGUUGAAGGUGCCCUCUUUCGAUGUCGAUGUGUUCUCCGAUAUAUCUUCCGAUGGCAUAAACGAUACAAACGAGUGGAAAAAAAAAGUACACUAUAAAACAUCACGCGAUAAGAGUGUCCAAAACCGAUCCGGCCAAAAAACUAAUAAACAGCAGAAAAUUCCGAAGGAUAACAAUAAUAAAUCCGUUUUAGACCCAAAGGUUAUCCCGUUUAUUCCAUCUAAUCCAUCAUUAAACGUAGCAUCGUCGAACAUGGAAAAAAAUGAAAAAAAUGAAGAAAUAUCUUCUCACAACGCCCUAAAUGAUGCCGAAGGUUUUCAAACUGUUGUCUCAAGAAAGAAAAAGCGUAACUUCAUUCGAGAAGUGGAAAUUCUAAAAAUAAAUUGUAUCUGCCUUUGUGAACAUUGGUUGAACCAUAUCGAAAUCGAUAAUAUUCAUGUGCCCGAUUUCAACACGGCAGCAUUUUUUGCGCGGUCUUCAAAGAAGCAUGGAGGAGUCAUGCAGCUGAUGCACCAAAGUAUCCCCUUCAAGAUUCUGUCUGAUAAGGUAUCAGCACUUUCUGCUGAGGUGGAUUGCGAAUUAUGCGGCGUACUUAUCACUAAGUUAGAUUUAAUUUUAAUAACGGUUUAUCGCUCGCCAAAAGGCGAUUUUCAUAAAUUUAUUGAUACUAUAGUCAUUCUUCUUAAUGAAAUUCAUUGCAAAUCUAAAUACGUCAUACCAGAUGCCACUAGAUUAAUUUCAUCGUAUCUUUUGAAUCGAUUGCAAGUAGUCUCUGUUGAUGGUAUAGUCUCCGAUAAAGAACAAAUCGCGUAUGGUGUACCUCAGGGGUCCAUCUUAGGGCCUCUACUUUUCUUAAUUUAUGUGAACGAUCUGCCAUACUAUUUCCCUGAUUUUUUUACGAUAUUGUACGCGGACGAUACUACUUUUAGUAAAAAGGCAAUGUCAUCUUCAUUAGUAAUAAGUACUCUUAUGAAUAUAUCUUCGCAAGCGGAACCUUGGUUUUUCGCCAACAAACUUUGCGUAAAUAAGAACAAAUCAGUUCAGAUGGUAUUUUCAUUGAAGAAAGAUAAGUCUUUUGCGGAUACGAAAAGGAGACACGUGGGGUGGUCGACGGUGGCAGUCACGUGGCCUCGGCGAGAAAACAUUCAAUACCGGUAUUUGCGGCACGUGACCGGGCUAUUUACAAAUUGCCGGCGGUGUGAUGAGGAUUGGAACGAUACACCGCCGUCCCCGGGGAACAGUCAUAGACUGUUUGCUUUAUUAAAUCCGCACGGUGCACACGGCAAAUACGAGGUGAGCUGGGCACAAUUAAAGGAGCAAAAGUCCUUCGAGGUGGCUUAA